GCUGCUGUUACGCUGGCGCCUUUCCACACCCAAGCCAAGCAUGAAGCUACCGAUCGCGUUUCUAGUUAUCGUAUCGACGUUUGGUUUGGAUGUCGUGUCGGCCUUCCUAUUGCCCGGUGCCACCCUGCAGCCACGUGCGGUGUGCCGUGGCGGUAGAGUGCCUGGGAGUCAGCAUACGGGCAAAGCGAAUGCUAUGCAUAUGAACGCGGUUGAGGAUGGUACACCAUCGGAUCUGGAGCGAAACUCGAUGACCGCGGGGGUCUUGUCGGACGCUCUUCCCUUCAUACAAGCCCACGCAGACAGAACCAUAGUCAUCAAGUACGGGGGGCAUGCUAUGGAAGACGAAGAGGCGUCUCUUUCGUUCGCCCAGGACGUGGUCAUGCUCAAGCAGUGUGGUGUUAACCCUGUCGUCGUGCAUGGGGGAGGUCCGCAGAUCGCCGCAAUGCUCAAGAGGCUAGAUAUCCCUACGUCGUUCGUUGAGGGAGUGCGAGUGUCUGACCCCGCCACAGUAGAAAUAGCGGAGAUGGUUCUUUGCGGUAGCAUCAACAAGGGGAUCGCGAGCAGCAUCAAGCGCGCUGGGGGGAGAGCAGUAGGCUUGAGUGGAAAGGAUGACAACCUGCUGAUAGCCAAGAAGCUGGGGAAGAAGAUUGUGGACGAAGAAACCGGAGAAGUCAAGGUAGUGGAUAUUGGAUGCGUUGGCGACAUUACUGCCGUUAACACAGAGGUAAUCGAGGAUCUCGUGAGCUCAGGCAUCGUACCAAUCAUCGCUCCUAUCGGGGUGGACGAGUCGGGGCAGACGUACAACUGCAACGCCGACACGGCUGCGGGGGCUAUCGCGGGGGCGUUAAAGGCACACCGACUGUUGCUUUUGACCGAUGUCGCGGGGGUGUUGAACAAGGAGAAAGAACUACUCCCACAAAUGGACUCGGUGAAGGUGGAAGAAUUGAUCGAAGAUGGCACCAUUUUCGGCGGCAUGAUUCCCAAGGUCAACACCGCGUUGGAUGCAGUCAAAGCCGGGGUAGGGGCCUCCAUAAUUCUCGACGGUCGAGUUCGAAAUGCGCUUUUGCUGGAACUGUUCACGCCAGGGGGCGCCGGGACACUCAUCCGCCUUGCCGAGUAGAUGCAAUCCCUUGUCCACGAAGCAGAAGUUCGUUUUUUGGACAAUCUCCGGGUACACUAGCCGGUGUGUCCGUGGCUAGUUGGGUAUUGAACGGAUGCGAACGUUUUGGAUAGUUUAGUAU